AAAUAAUUACAGAACACUAAGAGAUAAGAUGGACAAUUUUCUCGAUAAAACGCCUCAGCUAAGUAUGUAUCUAAUACAUGAUAGAUUCAUGUAAGGGAUCUAAGAUAUUUGUGUUCACUUCAGAAGAGAUGCUUUAUUCUUUUGUGACACUGAAAAACUUAACACAUGCCAAUUAUAUUUUUCCAUCUUCCGGUCUUUCCCCUUGCUUUUGAGAGUAAAAAAGGGGCAGUGUCAUUUUACAAAAGCUUAUCAAAGAGUUACGUGAAUCCUUAGUGCAACAGAGUUUAUGAAAACACCAGUAAUGUAUUUCCUUUUUAAUUAAAGAUAUUUCAACAAUUAGAAAUGCUUCUGAAGACCAAAGAAAGCUGAAUCUUAUGAAGCCUAAUUGUACCUGCCAUGAUGGUGAACCUUAAUUGCACCUGCCAUGAUUGCAGAGACUACUGGAACAACGGAAAAUCCACCAGAAGCUUCUGACAAAAACUUUCGUUCAAUCCCACUAUUCAUUAUGGAUGAAAAAGCAUAUGGACAAUCAAUCCUUGAAGAGCUACGAAGACAAAGUGAAGACAUAAACUUGAGUUCGGAAGAUGAGUUGGAACAAAUAAGUCUUAAUGAUGAUGGGGAUCAAAUUUCAAAGACGGAGAUAUUAAAUCAAAGUGGUGUUGAUCUACCAGAACCUGCUGCACCUAAGAAUAAAAGAGAUGAAAAUGAGCCACUGCUUGUGAAGGUCAAAGACACCUCUACUGGAGAAAUCAUGACUCGCAAGAUGACAGCGAUUCAAGUUUGCGCCUUGAAAAAAGUGAAAAAGUUAUGAUGAAGUUGGAUGCAGAUGGAUAAGGUCGAG